UGUGGGCGCACACAUGUGCGUGCAUCCGCUUCGAUUACUCUGCAUUUUUCCGGUGGUUUCAUGGGGGAGGUAAAUCUCACCCCUAGAUCUGCUGCUGUCGUGGAAAGUGCAGAAUGGAUAGGGAUUUGUUGGAUUCAUUCACGUCAGGUACGGUACAUCCACAUUUCUCCUUAUCGCAGGACGGCUGCCGUGUACAGCAGGAGCGGGGUCCUGCCUGCAGUGUGCCAGCUGGGUAGCGGUGCUACAGCAGUUGUCCAGGCAGCACUAUGCAAACCCAGGCAAGAACGUGUAGCAAUAAAGAGGAUCAACUUAGAAAAAUGCCAGACCAGUAUGGAUGAAUUACUUAAAGAAAUUCAAGCAAUGAGUCAAUGCAAUCACCCCAAUGUGGUGACCUAUUACACAUCUUUUGUGGUGAAGGAUGAACUUUGGCUGGUUAUGAAGCUGUUAAGUGGGGGUUCAAUGCUUGACAUAAUAAAGUAUAUUGUCAACAGAGGAGAGCACAAAAAUGGUGUCCUUGAAGAACCCAUAAUAGCAACAAUUCUUAAAGAAGUUUUGGAGGGCUUAGACUAUCUACACAGGAAUGGGCAAAUUCACAGAGAUUUGAAGGCUGGCAACAUUCUUCUGGGUGAAGAUGGCUCUGUACAAAUAGCAGAUUUUGGCGUUAGUGCAUUUUUAGCAACGGGAGGUGAUGUUACUCGUAACAAAGUAAGGAAAACAUUUGUUGGUACUCCAUGUUGGAUGGCCCCUGAAGUAAUGGAGCAGGUGCGAGGUUAUGACUUCAAGGCUGAUAUGUGGAGUUUUGGGAUAACAGCCAUUGAGUUAGCAACAGGAGCAGCACCUUAUCACAAAUACCCUCCUAUGAAAGUGUUAAUGCUGACGCUUCAAAAUGACCCUCCUACUUUAGAGACAGGUGUAGAGGACAAGGAGAUGAUGAAAAAGUAUGGCAAAUCCUUUAGAAAACUGAUUUCAUUAUGCCUUCAAAAAGAUCCUUCCAAAAGGCCCACAGCAGCAGAACUUUUAAAAUGCAAAUUUUUCCAGAAAGCCAAGAAUAGAGAAUACCUGAUUGAAAAGCUUCUCACUAGAACGCCUAAUAUAGCACAAAGAGCAAAAAAGGUCAGACGAGUACCAGGUUCCAGUGGUCACCUCCAUAAAACAGAAGAUGGGGACUGGGAAUGGAGUGAUGAUGAAAUGGAUGAGAAGAGCGAGGAAGGCAAAGCUGCUGUUUCUCAGGAAAAGUCACGAAGGGUGAAAGAAGAGGAGAACACAGAGUCUCAGCCUGCUGUUAGUGAUGAAUAUAGUGAAGUUCCAUGUGCAGUGAACCUUGUUUUAAGAUUAAG